AUGGCAGACCAUUACGAGGCUCGAACUAGCUCCCAGGGAGCUUUGAAUGUGGACCGCAGGACCUCCAUCAGUAACGAGAACUUCUUCGAUAUAGAGGAGGAGGACUUCUUGGAUAUGUAUCCACUGAGCGCGCGGCAGAGAUUAAUUUACCAAUGCAAGCGGAGCAGCCGCAAGCUGCUCAACACUUUCAUGGACCUACCGCUGUGGAAGCGGGCUGCGGUACUACUGUUAUGCGGGGGAGCAACUGUAUCUGCGUUAGUGAUGAUGGUGUUCCACAAAAGCAUUCUAGAGCGGAUGAUCAAGAUUUCAAACGAACUACGGUCAUGGUGGUACACGCCCUUUAUCUUCUUCCUAUUGAUCUUCUUUGUUUCAUUCCCGCCUCUGAUCGGAUUCUCGAUGCUUUGCACAUCAGCAGGGCUGGUAUAUGGCGUAUCUUUUAAGGGCUGGCUCAUAAUUUCGCUAGGGACGGUUUUGGGGUCGAUUGCAGCAUUCUCGGUCUUCAAGACUGUAUUCCGCUCAUACGCUGAGCGACUCAUCCGCCUGAAUGACAAGUUUGAAGCCUUGGCUUCGAUCCUGCAGGACCACAAUAGCUAUUGGAUCAUCGCACUGCUACGUCUGUGUCCGUUCCCAUAUUCUUUGACAAACGGCGCCAUCGCGGGCGUCUACGGAAUUUCAAUUCGCAAUUUCUCCAUCGCUCAGGUGCUAACCACCCCAAAACUAUUCAUGUAUCUUUUCAUUGGUUCGAGGCUGAAGAAUCUAGGAGAGUCCAGCUCCACUGCCACGAAGCUCUUUGAUAUCCUGAGUAUUCUGUUCGCUAUCAUUGCACUCACUGCAACCGCGUCUAUCCUGUAUUAUAAGACCAAAGAACGGUACCUAGAGCUCCAGAGGCGAAACCAGGAUAGGUUUGACACCCUAAACUUCUGA